AAGAGAACGCUGUCGCCAGACUAGCUCCAGAGGACAAGCGCUUGGGACUAGACUACGAGAACCUGGUGGGUUCAUCCAAGUGAAGUCGGGGCCACAUCUCAACUAUUCCUCUUGCCACUGUGUCAUCCUUUCUGACCCGAGCCCGGCCUUUCUCUACUGCCCGCCCCGGCCUGGCCCCGCCCCGGCCCGGCCCGGGCCACCCGGACAGGGAGCCCGGGCACCGGUGCAGCCUCGGAGGCAGGUGAGGAGGGCCGGGAGUGUCCACCUCUCGCGCUGCAGCGCUGAGCAUCCGAGUCGAGCAUCUCGGUUAAGCAUCUCUGCUGUGCAUCCUUGCGUCUCGCAGGCCGGAGGCGCGUCAAGGCCUGCUAUAUGAUGGCGGAGAAGGCACUGGAGGCCGUGGGCUGUGGACUGGGGCCCGGGGCUGCGGCCAUGGCUGUGGCUCUGGAGGACGGGGCAGAUCCCCCUGUGCUGACCACGCAUCUAAAGAAGGUGGAGAACCAUAUUACAGAAGCACAGCGCUUCUCUCACCUGCCCAAGCGCUCUUCUGUGGACAUCGAGUUUGUGGAACUGUCCUACUCCGUGCGGGAGGGGCCCUGCUGGCGAAAACGGGGUUACAAGACCCUCCUCAAGUGCCUGUCUGGUAAGUUCUGCCGCCGAGACCUGAUUGGCAUCAUGGGCCCCUCCGGGGCUGGCAAGUCCACGCUCAUGAACAUCUUGGCAGGGUAUAGGGAGUCUGGGAUGAAGGGGCAGAUCCUGGUUAAUGGGAGGCCACGAGAUCUGAGGACCUUCCGCAAGAUGUCCUGUUACAUCAUGCAGGACGACAUGCUUCUGCCACACCUCACAGUGCUGGAAGCCAUGAUGGUCUCUGCCAACCUGAAACUGAGCGAGAAGCAAGAGGUGAAGAAGGAACUGGUGACAGAGAUCCUGACAGCCCUGGGUCUGAUGUCCUGCUCUCACACGAGGACAGCCCUGCUCUCUGGAGGGCAGAGGAAGCGCCUGGCCAUUGCCCUGGAACUGGUCAACAAUCCACCUGUCAUGUUCUUUGAUGAGCCUACCAGCGGUCUAGACAGCGCUUCUUGUUUCCAAGUGGUGUCCCUCAUGAAGUCCCUGGCCCACGGGGGCCGAACUGUCAUCUGUACCAUCCACCAGCCCAGUGCCAAGCUCUUUGAAAUGUUUGACAAGCUCUACAUCCUGAGCCAAGGACAAUGCAUCUUCAAGGGUGUGGUCACCAACCUGAUUCCCUAUCUGAAGGGGCUUGGCUUGCACUGCCCCACCUACCACAACCCUGCUGACUUCAUCAUUGAGGUGGCCUCUGGCGAGUAUGGAGACCUGAACCCCAUGCUGUUCAGGGCUGUGCAGAAUGGCCUUUGCACCAUGGCCGAGAAGAAGAGCAGCCCCGAGAAGAACGAGGUCCCUGCCCACUGCCCCACUUGCCCUCCGGAAGUGGAUCCUAUUGAAAGCCACACUUUUGCCACCAGCACCCUCACCCAGUUCUGCAUCCUCUUCAGGAGGACUUUCUUGUCCAUCCUCAGGGACACGGUCCUGACCCACUUGCGGUUUAUGUCACAUGUGUUGAUUGGCGUGCUCAUUGGCCUCCUCUACCUGCACAUCGGCAAUGACGCCAACAAGGUUUUCAACAACACCGGCUUCCUCUUCUUCUCCAUGCUAUUCAUCAUGUUCGCAGCUCUCAUGCCAACGGUGCUCACUUUUCCCUUAGAGAUGGCGGUCUUCAUGAGGGAGCACUUGAACUAUUGGUACAGUCUCAAAGCCUAUUACCUGGCCAAGACAAUGGCUGAUGUGCCCUUUCAGGUGGUAUGCCCAGUUGCAUACUGCAGCAUCGUGUACUGGAUGACAGGCCAGCCAGCUGAGACUGGCCGCUUUCUGCUCUUCUCAGCCUUGGCCAUAGCCACCGCCUUAGUAGCCCAGUCCUUGGGACUGUUGAUUGGCGCUGCCUCCAACUCCCUGCAGGUGGCCACCUUUGUGGGCCCAGUCACUGCCAUCCCUGUCCUCUUGUUCUCUGGCUUCUUUGUCAGUUUCAAGACCAUCCCCACUUACCUGCAGUGGAGCUCCUACCUUUCCUAUGUCAGGUAUGGCUUUGAGGGUCUGAUCCUGACCAUUUAUGGCAUGGAGCGAGGACACCUGGACUGCGCAGAUAAAAAAUGCCCAUUCCAGGAUCCACAGAUCAUCUUGCAAGAGCUGGAUGUGGAGGAGGCUAAACUGUACAUGGACUUCCUGGUCUUGGGUGUUUUCUUCCUUGCCCUGCGACUGCUAGCAUACCUUGUGCUCCGGUACCGGGUCAAGUCUGAGAGAUAGAGCCUUGCUCCCAUCUCUUUUGGGCAGGAAGUCCCCAGCUCCAGCCCUUUGGGACUGUUUUAAAUGUGUAGACUUGGGCAUUGGUUGCUGGUGCAGCCGCCCUCCUCUCCCUCAGCUGCUCCACAGGCUGGCUCCCAGCCUAAGCCCUGGAGGUAGGGCUCAGCCCUCCCUAUUAAGCCCAGGAGUCUUCCCAAAUUGAUGCAGUUUGUAGCUUCCUCCCUACUCUGUCCAAUGUCUGCAUGCAAAGACCAUUGGGAGGUUGCCACCCUCCUCUCUGCCCAAAGCACCCUCCUAUGCUGUUUGCCUGGGGAGCCCCAUGUUCUCUAGGCUUUGACUUACAAGUGAUCAAAGUGCCCCUUCUGGGGGUCCCCACCACACUAGUGUUCAUAAACUGGGUUGCUAUAAGGUUGAAGUUCCGGGGCUGGGCCCUGUGGGGUCUCCAGGGAGUCCCAUCAUGGACAUUGGAUGGAGCAAGGAGGGACUCUGGAAGUCUCUUCCUCCUCCUCCCCCUUCCUCCUCACACCCACUUUGGCUAAUUUGGACAAUCUGUUGGGACAGAAGCUGGGUUUUCUGUCUGGGUCACCACUCCCAAUCCUGGAGAUUGGAGAGACUAUGAGACUAUGGGAUGUCCUACUC